CCCCGAGGCGAGCAGCAGCGUGGCGGAAUUCGGCAAAGUGCUGGGGUUGGGGGACGUCGGCAGCUUCCUCAAGAAGAAGCCGGGAGAAGCAGCAAGCGCGGGGGAGCUGGCAGGCGCUUCUGGAGAGGCGCGGGGGCGGCCGACAGGUGGAAAACAACACGCGGACGGUGCAGAGAUUUCUGUCUGCUGCUCACCUCACUCCGCCCGUUCAAGCCAUACGCAGGUCCCUGCGCGGGUCCGCCAAGGGCAAGGGGCAGAGAAAAGUGGCGCACAGGACAUGCCGGAUAUGGGCGCGGAGCUCUUUCCCAUAGAGGUGCGGCUGUGCACGGGCAAGUCAGUGCUGGUGGUUGCCACCACACAGGGGUUCCUGUGUGCCAGGAACAGGCUGCACGCAACCACGCUCGUGGGCCUUCUGCGCCUCAUAAGCAAGCCCUUCGCUAAGGAGCGUGUGGUGAGGGAUCGCAAGGCGUUCCUCUUGCACUCCCUCUUUGUGGAUACCGCCACUCACCAAGCCGUUGCUGCUAUCAAAACUGCUGUUGCUGCUGCAGCAGCUUCUGGGGGGGCAGCAGCGGCUGCGGGGUCCAACGUGGUUACCCCAGCUGCAGUUGUGUCACUGAUUCAGGCUGCCGAGCCUGGAGUGCCAGGUUCCGUGGCCAUGGUGGAAAAUGGGGUUCUGCUGGUGCAGCAGCAGGGGGCGAUGCGUGUGACUGUAAUGAAGGGCGAGGAGGUUCCGAGUGGGAAGGUGUUGUCGAAAGUGGAGGUGGGGUGGAGGAGGGUGGCGGAGGGGGAGAGGGAGGAGGAAAAGAAGGACAUGGUAACGAAGAGCCUCUUGAAGGGGAUUUCAGCUGAUGAGAGCACGGCAGUGCAUGACCUGGAGUCCCUGGGCACAGUCAUCAUUCACCUGCAGGGCCUCACCGCACGAGUGACCGUCCCUGACGCCCCUGCGCGCGCCCAGCAGCUACAGGCGCAGCUGCAGGCACUGAGGGCGAAGAAGGCAGGCCACGAUGGCACAGAGGGCGAUGGUGGAGAAGCGGGGCAUGGGAAGGAGGGCAGGAUGGGUGGAACGGCAGCGGAUGGAGUUGCUGUCCCUGCGACUGCUGGUGCGGACAAGGGGGAGGCAGCAGCAGGGGGGGUGCAAGAGGAGCCCCUGGCAGCAGGCAGGCAAGGGGGGGAGCUGCUGCAGCUGCUGGGUGAGAGCAAGUAUGAGAAGCUCAAGAAGGCGGAUGUGGGGCUGCAUGCUAUGACCGUCCCUGAGCUCAAGAAGGGAGCACAGGACUUCUACAGGAACACUGCCCUGUCUAAACUGGUCUCUGAUUUCGCCUCUCUGGAGCUUUCUCCAGUGGACGGUCGCACCCUAACUGACUUCAUGCACACCCGUGGCCUGCGCAUGCGAUCCCUUGGCAAAGUGGCUGCACUAGCAGACAAGCUGCCCCACGUGAGGUCUUUGGCAGUACAUGAGAUGGUGGCGCGGGCACUAAAGCACGUCAUCCAAGCAGUCGUCACCAACACUGCACUCUCCACUGCUGCUGCUUCUGCAGUUGGUAGUGGUGCUGCUGCUGGUGCUGCUGGUGGUGCCUCCCGUUCCCUGCUAGCAGCCAGCAUCGCUGCUACUCUCAAUACCAUCUUCGGGUCGUCCGUGCAUAAAAAAAGGGCUACCAAUGACGGCAGCAAGGGGGAGGAGGGGCAAGAGGGGGAUGUGGAGAUGUCGCUGGGAGGCAUGGUGUGGCGGUGGGUGCGCGUGUUUGCGUCUGUGCGCUUCGGGUUUGAAUUGGACAAUGAGGCGCUGGCGGGUCUGCGCAUGCUCUCGCUGCUUAGAGCGCUCUGCCUCAAGGUGGGCAUUGAGAUUGCCCCCAAGUCGUACGACUUCAACUCUCCCACGCCCUUCCAGGCCACUGACAUAGUCUCCAUGGUUCCCGUUCUCAGACACGUGCUGUGCACGUCAGCUGACGGCCGCACACUGCUUGAGGCGUCCAAGGCAGCUCUCGACAAGGGCAAGCUUGACGAAGCGGUGUCGUGCGGUACUAAGGCUCUCACCAAGCUGAUAGCGGUGUGUGGGGCGUAUCAUCGCAUGACAGCAGGGGCGUACAGCCUGCUGGCCGUGGUGCUGUAUCACACAGGGGACUUCAACCAGGCCACCAUCUACCAGCAGCGCGCCCUCGACAUCAAUGAGCGAGAGCUGGGGCUGGACCACCCUGACACCAUGAAGAGCUAUGGCGACCUUGCUGUGUUCUACUACCGCCUGCAGCACACAGAGCUUGCCAUCAGGUACGUGCAGCGCGCGCUGUACCUGCUGCACCUGACGUGCGGGUCAGAGCACCCCAACAGCGCGGCCACGUACAUCAACAUGGCCAUGAUGCUGCACGGCCUCUCCCACCUCCACCUCGCCCUGCGCUACCUGCACCGCGCGCUGCACUGCAACCACCGCCUGCUGGGCCCCGACCACAUCCAGACAGCCGCCAGCUACCACGCGAUUGCGAUCGCGCUCUCUCUCAUGGACGCGUAUGCGCUCUCUGUGCAGCACGAGCAGACCACGCUGAAUAUUCUCCAGGCGAAGCUCGGCCCGGAGGACCUCAGGACCCUGGACGCGGCGGCGUGGCUGGAGUACUUUGAGAGCAAGGCAGCGGAGCAGCAGGAGGCAGCCCGCACAGGCACGCCCAAGCCAGACGCCACCAUCGCGUCUAAAGGGCACCUCAGUGUGUCGGACCUGCUCUCAUUCAUCAACGACGAGGAGCAGGGGCGGAGGGAGGUGAUUCAGGAGAUAAUGCGCAAGCGAGGCCGACGCCCCUUGCUCAAGUCCAAGGGCGAUCGCCUCAUAGCAGCAGCUCCACACAACACAACCACCGGUGGAGAAGAAACAGCAGAGAAUACCAGCUCAGGACUGCAGCACAAGCAGUAG